AUGAAUGUGAACAAAGGCAAAAAGCUAUACCACUUGUCAUUUGACCGCUACGGUCAAGAACUUUACAAAUCUUUAUAUGUUGGUUCAUCUGAUACCUCUGCAGCUGGAACUACUGAGCAAGCAGUCGUAAAACAAGCUAAUUUUACCUUUCAAACGCCUUCAUUCCAUUCCAAGUCCACUCAGACUUUGGGAGAUCCUUUUCUUACACCAGUGGCAGAAGUCACUCAAAGCGCAAUUUCUAGUGUUUCUCACUGCAUGAGCUUGUCAAGUGAAUUUCCACAUGAUGAUCGGUUACCUUCACCCGACUCCACGCCAGGCGACCCUUUUCUGGCUCCUAACUCGACCACAGAUCCUGAGUUCAAUAUUCUGGGUUCCAAUGACAAAGAUGCUUUAGUCGACUCGCCAGAUGCUUUAGUUGACUCACCUUGUUUUCUACUCACAUCAAAACUAUCACAAUCACCUCAUAAUCGCAAUGGCAGCGUUCACAAAUCUUCCAGCACUUCAAGCGACGGUGGCUCUGAUGAUGUCGUGUCCUCGAUCGGGAGCAAAUCUCCAGAAUACACUGUCACCGAGCCAUUAUUAGAUCAAUCCGUGCUACGAAGGACUAUGAUAUUGAUUAACUCUUCUUGGGUGUCGGCGGAGGAAAUUAUCCCCACUUCUGAUUCUAGUGGGAUCGACCUGUUACUUAAUGCUGCUGAUGUGAUCUCUCACCGGCACACCGAUAGUCCCACCACUAAUGAAAACCAAGCUACAGCUGAAGUUCCCAUGGAUAUCGACAAUAAUGAUGCUCACUGGCACACCAAUAGUGCCAUCACUAAUAAAAAACAAGGUAGAGAAGAAGUUUCCCUGGAAAUCAACGAUGAUAAUGCUAGAGACAUUCAAUUCAAACGGUCCAACAGGUUUGCAACACGCAAGAUCAUCGCCAAUUCAGUCAAGCAUCCAACUAAGUCUGACGAGGCCCCCCCCUAUAAGCGCAGGAAGGCUUGUGUAUCGGUCUUCACCGGAUCAAUUACAGGUGAUUCUCCCACCAGAAUUUCUGGUCCUGAUGGAAUUUACGGGGUGAUUCAUGACCUACCCAAGUUGGUACAUAACCUGUUGAGGUUGGAGCACGACUCUGAUCAACCAAAAGCUGGGCUUUUGUUUACCCAGCUAAGCGGUUUACUGGUGAAACGACUUUGGAAACUUGGUCACAAUGGGACCAUAGCCACUAUCUCAGGUGAAUGGGAGUUCAGUCGGUGUAUUGCAUACUCGCCGGAAACAGUCUCAGUGUUGAUUGCUAACAACAAACGACGUACCAAACGACGUACCACAAAAUCUGAAGGGGUACGCUCUUCCAAGCGUAUCAAGGUGCGAACUACGAAUGAUAAAAAACGCAAUGCAGACGAUGCUUUUGAAGUAGAUGCUAUAGAAGCUAUUCAAACCUACUUGAAACGUGGAAAGCUGAAUCACAACAACAAGGAGGAUUCCCUCGCCAAAGAAGGUAAAUCAGUGGAAAAGGCGCCUCAAGCUGGAUAUCGUCUUGUGUUCAGGAAAGAUUACCGCGGUGAUCUCACCCCAACAACCCCGCUGUGUGGAUGCAAAGAAAAAGUGAUUCGAAUAAUCAUGUGGUUGGGUGUGGGUGAAUUAAAUGUCUUGCCCGAUGCCCCCUGGGGGAACGGAUGGAAAUAUGAAGAAGCGUUAUACAUAUGGAAGAAAACUUUCCAUGCUGUGAAUCGUGUACUUGAUGACGAAGGCCAUAUCCUUGAAGGGUGUUCUGGACCUUUGAAUAGUUAG